AUGCUGCUUUGCCGGGAAGAUUUGCGGCAUGUCGUUGCAGAUGACUUGCCACAGGAAGAUGCUCGUGACGCUAACUGGAAAAAGGACGAUCGUAAGGCCAAAGAAACGAUUAUUUUGCUGUUGGAAGAUAGCCAGUUCCCGCAGCGUGGUGAUUUAGAAAAGCACCUCAGUGUAGUGGACGAGUUAUUUGAUCGCCUUGAUGCGGCUGGUAUGGCACUCGAUAAGGACACGAAAAUUUGUAUGGUGCUCAGAAGUUUGCCUCCGUCAUAUGAUGGUGUAGUGUUUGCGUUAGAUAAUCGUUCGGAUGAUGAUAUUUCUUUGGACGUGAUUAAGUCCAAGCUGAUGGAAGAGUAUAAUCGGCGUUUGGAAAGAGAAGGAUCUUCCGCGAAGGUUGAAGCGAUGCGUGUUUCCGAUGGUAAAUCGAUGAGAGAAACCAGAGUUUAUCAUUUUUGUAAAAUGCAAGGGCACCUGAAACGAAAUUGCAGGAAGUUUAUAGCGUCUCAGAAAGCGGAUGGUUUCAAACAAGAAAAUGCAAAAGCGAAGACCGCUCGGAGCAACGACGAAGCGAUAGCUUUUAUAGUCGGGGAAAAAGUAGCAGCUGUAUGGGUUAUUGAUAGCGGUGCAAGUGUACACAUGACUGGCGACAAAUCCUUCUUUAGUAAACUGGAUGAAUUCCCUGGCGGAUGGAUAACAUUAGUAAAUGGCGAGAAAACGCAGAUUUUCGGGGAAGGAUGCGGCGUUUUGCACGGUGUCAAUGAAAACGAAGAAAGCGUUAAAAUAGGAAUGAAUGAGGUGAAAUUUGUGCCGGGCCUCGCUACGAACUUGAUAUCUGUCGGGCGCUUAGCGCAGAAGAACCUAAAAGUAAUUUUUGAGGAUGAGCAAGCAGCAUUUGGAAAACUGCCAGCAUCAGUGACAUCGGCGCUUGGGCCACCGCGAUUGGUCGGCUGCAGAGCGUUUGUCAAAGGAGGAAAAUUGUUUGCGAAUGUUGCAUGGAGGGGAAAUUAG